GUGGCCUUGCGUGCUCACGCUGUCGAUAUUUGUCCUUGGCCCGGGGUUGUCGGGCCUGGUGCCAGCGGGUGGCUUGGGAGGACAGUCUUGGUAUGUCUUGGUUCGAAUUCAUUGGUGAAAUCCGGGCUUGGUCUGACACUCCUCACGACCAUCCCUGAUAACCUCACAUGGCGGGCCGUCCACGACAACGCGCCUGUAAAUUUCAGCCAUCAUUCUCGCGCUACCGUCCCGGAUGAAUUACUCUGAGCAUAAAUACUACUUGAUGGUCGCGGCUCCUCUUGAUCCAAGUCAACACACCCUGGUGGUAUCACUGACUCCUACAAAUAUCAGCACUGUGGAGUAAGACCAAGCCGUCAUGCCUUCGUUCGCUAUCGGCGCCAAAGCGCCCAACCAAAACGCGGUUGCGGCUCGUGAGGGUGCUCCUCAAUUCGAGAAGGUCGAAUGGAAAAAGCGACCGAACAUGCGCAAGCUGUACUUCUGGUCAUGCGUUCUCUGCGUUGCUUCGGCCACAACCGGUUACGAUGGUAUGAUGAUGAACUCCUCGCAGCAGAUGGACCGAUGGACGGCGUACUUCGAUAAGCCCGACGACAACCGCCUGGGUAUCAUGAACAAUGCGUACAACAUUGGUUCUAUUGCCAGUUUCUUCAUCGUACCUUUUGCCGCUGAAUGGUGGGGCCGCAAGAUUCCCAUCGCCAUUGGCUGUGUCAUUAUGAUUGCUGGUGCUAUCGUCUCAACCUUCGCCACUAACUGGCAGAUUUACAUGGCUGGUCGUCUUGUUCUCGGUUUCGGCAAUAGCUUCGCGCAGAUGUGCUCGCCGAUCCUCCUCACUGAAAUCUGUCACCCGCAACACCGCGCCAAGUUCACCGCCGUCUAUAACUGCCUGUGGAACUUGGGAGCCGUCUUCGUUGCCUGGAUCGCUUGGGGCACCUCGCAAGCUGACAACGAAUGGUCUUGGAGGUCCAUUACCCUUCUUCAGGGUCUGCCUUCUGCUAUUCAGUUGUCGCUCAUCUGGUGGGUUCCGGAAUCACCUCGAUGGCUUAUUUCCAAGGAGCGCUACGAGGAUGCUCUGAGCAUGCUGUCUUUCUACCACGCCGAAGGCAACCAAAACGACCCAACCGUACAAUUCGAGUACCAGGAGAUGAAGGAGACCAUCAGAAUGGAAGUUGAUGCCUCGCAGAAUUCCAGCUAUAUAGAUUUCCUCAAGACCCGCGGCAACCGCUGGAGACUGGCUAUCCUGAUCUCUCUCGGUAUCAUUUCCCAGUACAGCGGCAAUGCCCUGUUCUCCAACUACAUCAACCUUGUGUACGAAGGUGCUGGUAUCACGAGUCAGAGUCAGAAGAUGGGUCUCACUGGUGGUGAACGUAUUCUACAACUCGGUGUCUCCCUCUACGCUGCCACCCUAAUCGACAAGGUCGGACGCCGAAAGCUCUUCUUGAUCGCAACCAGCGGUAUGGUCCUCAACUUCAUCUGCUGGACUAUCACAUGCGCUAUAUACGAGAAGUCGGGCGAGAGUAACGAAGGCGCCGGCUACGCACAAAUUCCCUUUAUCUGGAUGUUUGGUAUCUUCUACUCGCUUGCCUGGUCCGGUCUACUCGUCGCCUACGCUCUCGAGAUUCUGCCUUACCGCCUCCGUGGCAAGGGUCUCAUGAUCAUGAACAUCACUGUUCAGGCUAUUCUUGCAAUUGGUGGUCAGACCAACCCGGUUGCAUGGAAGCGUCUGCCCAGCCACUGGAACUUGGCGCUCUUCUACACUUGCUGGAUCUGCGUCGAGCUUGUCUGGGUGUAUUUCGUGUACCCUGAGACCCGCGGUCCAACUCUUGAGGAGAUUGGCAAAAUCUUCGAUGGUGACUCGGCGGUUGCGCACAUCAACAUGAAGGAGGUGGAGAGGGAGAUUGAGGAGCGUGACGUUCUUGACGAGAAAACUCCUCAGGUUGCUGAGAAGCGCGUCUGAGCGUCAUAAUCUGCUCUGUCAGAGGUCUUUGGGGAGACUGUGGUAAUGGAUGUGAGGGCCCAAACUAUAAACAGUCGUUACGGUAGUUGGAACGCAC